AUGGCCCUCUCCCCACACUCUCCUUUCUCGCUUUCCGUGCAUUGGCCUGACGGGACCUGUGCCGAAAAUGCAAUGGCCAUGCAGAACGCCAACAAAGAGGAAGGCGAUGGCCUGGAGGAGAUGGAGGAGCCACUGCGCCUGUCGCUGAGGGAGCGCAUCCGCCACUUUACCUGGACCUGGUUUACCAUGACCAUGGCCACCGGCGGCAUUGCCAACGUGCUACACAAUGUCCCUUGGCAAUUCAACGGUCUUUACGACAUAGGAUGCAUCUUCUUCCUGCUGAACCUUGUUCUGUUCGUCUUCAACGUCUCGAUGAUCAGCUUGCGCUUCUACUGGUAUCCCUCCACCUUUCGCGCCAGCUUCCUCCACCCGACCGAAUGCCUGUUCAUCCCUGCUUCCGUCAUCUCCUUCGGCACUGUUCUCCUGAACAUCUCGCAGUACGGCGUGGAUUACACGGGGACCUGGCUCGAAGACGCAAUGGUGGUUCUUUUCUGGCUGUAUUGCGGAUUGGCCAUUGUCUUCUCCUGCGGCAUCUAUCUCAUCAUGUGGUCAACCCAGACCUUCACCAUUUCAAAGAUGACACCAGUGUGGAUUUUCCCUGCUUAUCCGCUUCUGAUUGUCGGUCCGCACGCCGGAAGUCUCGCCAAGAAGCUCGCCGAAGACCGUGCGCUCGAGGUCAUCAUCGGCGGAGUCAUCCUCCAAGGCAUUGGCUUCAUGGUCUCGCUCAUGAUAUACGCCGCCUUUCUCUACCGCCUGAUGACGCAAAAGCUCCCACGCGAGUCUCUCCGCCCGGGCAUGUUCAUUUCCGUCGGCCCAUCUGGCUUCACCAUCUCCGGCAUCAUCACCAUGGGCCAGACCCUCCCCAGUUGCGUGCCUGCCACCUUCAUGGGCGACGGCAAGCUUGCCGGCCAGGUUGGCAAGAUCCUCGCCAAUUGGGUCGGCAUCUGGCUGUGGGGGCUGGCCCUCUGGUUCUUCUUCGUGUCGGUCGGCGCGCACGCCAGCCCGGCCACGCGCCGACGGAUGGACUUCGCCAUGACGUGGUACUCGUUCAUCUUCCCAAACACGGCGCUGACGACGGCCACGUUCGCCGUCGCCAAGGCGCUCGACGACAACCGCUCCAUCAACGUCGUCGGCUGCGUGCUCGCCGUCGGCCUGAUCCCCGUCUGGCUCUUCGUCGUCUGCAUGCAGGUGCGCGCCGCCCUGAACCGCCAGAUCCUGUGGCCGCAGAAGCAGGAGGACCGCGACGAAGGCGGCUUCAAGGAGACGCCCCAGCACGGCCAGACGCGCGACGAGCGCCGCCGCGAGCGCGUCGUCGAGCUGCUCGACAGCGAGGAGCCCUACCGCAGCGCCAACCCCUGCCCCGCUCCCACGCCCUUCAUGCGCACCCCCUUCGCGAGCAACACGAACCUGCCCGAGCAGAUGCACGCGGAGGAGCAGGCGCAGAUGAAGGAGCACGUGAGCAGGAAUCUGCACAGAAGAAGGACGGAUUUGCUGACGCCAUGA